UCUGACUGGUCAGUAGAGUUGUCAAUGACACGAAUGGCGACAUUGUUUCCGCUGACAGGAAGGGAGCGUGUAGCUCUGUUGGGAAGUUAAGCACCAAGUGAGGGUGAAAUGACCGAGUUAAUGGCCAUUUGUUGAAAUUUAGAGCAGGAAGUGUUUGGUGUCCAUGGCUAUGUAUGAUGAAGAUAUUUCAAGAAACCCUUUUUAUUUAGCACUUCAGAAGCAGAAACCUGAUACAUCCAAUUGUGUGGCAGAAUUGCAUGGGAUUGUAUUGGUGCCAUGCAGAGGCAGUUUGUCACAAGGCAGUAUUGCUGCUGCCCACUUUGAAUCUUACAUUUUACAGCCUAUGGAUGAUAGUGGGAGUAGUUACCGAACAUUAAAUGGAAAGGAAGUAACCAUCAGAGGAAACCUCAUUAGUUUGGGUGUUGGAUUUAGCUCACCAUGUGCAAUAAGAAUCCUUUUUGAAGAAACUUUUUACACUGAGAAAGAACAAAGUUUCAGUAUCUUGUGUAUUGCCGGACCAUUGGAAAAGGGUUCCAGUGCCGAUGAAAAUCCAUCUCCCAUAGACUCUUACUGUCUGAAAAAUUUUGAUGAUGCUAAAGAAUUUUUGGGUCGGCAGUUAUCCAAAGUUGAUAAAUACAUUGAGUCGUUCCGAAUGUCUUUUAAGGAGCUGGAAAUGAAAAGUCUGCGACAUCAUAUAGAUGAAGUUAAUGCACUCUAUACAAAAUGUCUUCAAUACCUCCUGAGAGAUUCACGAUUAAAAAUCCUGAUCAAGCAGGAGGUGCAAAUGGCAUUGGUGAAACAAGCUGUUGAAAUGUAUGUACUUCAUGGUAUCCAUGAUCAAAUAUUCAAAAGUGUGGGGACUAUAGAGGCCAGUCAGGAUGCUGCUUUUAACAAAAAAACCCGAGGUUUGCAAGACCUUCAGCUGAAAGAUUUGGGAAUCCAGUCACAAUUCAGUAUUAAUAUACCUCGUGCCAAACGGGAGUUGAGUCAGCUGAACCAGUGUACUAGCCCACAGCUUAAGCUGAUCUGCUUACGAAAUGUGAUCCACGCGAUCAUGCAAUCACCAAGCCAACGAGGUCAGUACUUAAGGAAUAGUUAGAAAAAAAUGAUAAAG